AUGUGCACGGUCCACAAUAACGACGAGGUCGUCUACGCGCAUAUAGCCGGGCCUGUGUUUGCCAAACAGGACGUCGUGGAGGGCAGAGGGUACAAAAGCGGACUACGAGGGGAUGCAAACACCGGACAUUGCCUGGCUUCAUCGCAUACCGCCCGCCCGCCGCUCUUCUCCACCGUGGCUUCUCAUCCCUCCGGCGAGGAGUUCAUCAACCGCUCUCUUCUAGACAGCGUCGACGCGCAGGCAGACGCAGAACCCAUCUCGUCGUCCGAUUCGGAAGCUACGGGUACAUCCGGGAACGCGUUCGGCUCGCUGCCCAGCUCAUCCUCCAUGUCCAUAGGUUCCCCCUCCGUUCCAUACCAUAUCUCCAUGCAAUCACAGCAACCCCCUCGUCCCGACUCGCCCAGCAGUAACAUGACCAUCCCCAAUAACCUCAAAUCCGCAUCUCAUCCCCUCGACCCCUACUCCUCUGCUGCACAAAGUAACAAUAUCAGCCACUCGAUGUAUAACAGCAUGAACAAUCUCCACAUUCCUCCCGACUACAACCCUCUAACUUCCGCGGAGCCCGAUGCUCUUAAUCUCCAGGCCAAGCUGAACGGGUUCGGCCCAGGCCCGUUUAACAGCAGGUCAUCCGUGUCGUUCAAUCCCUUCCCUCCUCGCAACCGUCCCAGCAACGUUCCCUUCCGCGACACGUCAGCGGCAUUCAACACUGUUGCGUACCAGCAGUCCGGGGACAUGUUUGCGCAAAGCCAGCAAGCUCAGGCCUCCGCGUUCGGAUUCGACACGAUGUCCCUUUCCGGUCGUGCACACGACUUCGCCACCGUGGGUGCUCAGAGCCCGUCGAGUUUGGGCGCUAACGGCACCACCCACAACAAGAUGUCUUUCUCGAUGGAUGGGUUCCGCCCGGGUCUGGAAAGUCUGCUGCAGUCGCAGCAGAUGAACCAACAGACGUCUCUGUCUGGGUCGCUUCCUCUCCAGCAGCAGGGCUCACAGCAGCCGUUCCAGGGACCAUACGGGAACGGCGCUCUCCCGUCGCAUACGCAGUUCGGGCCUACACUCCCCACCAGUACCGCUGGCACUGGAGCGGCUGCUGGGCAAGGGGGUGCGCUCACGGGAGGUCCGGGGAUGAAUCAUGUGAACGGGGCUGCCCAGAACCAUCAGCAGGAAGAGAUCUCCACCAUCUUCGUUGUUGGCUUCCCAGAGGAUAUGCAGGAACGUGAAUUCCAGAACAUGUUUACGUUCUCGGCUGGAUUCGAGGCGGCGACACUCAAAAUACCCAACAAAGAGUUCACCGCGUACGGAACGGGAACGAACGGUCCUUCGGGUCCCAAUGCGCGCAUGCAGUACCCAGGUUCCAAUGACCCGUACAACUUGGUGACCAUGAACCAGGGUGGUGUCGUCGUCGACGGUGGUCGAGAUGGUCAGACGACCUCGUGGCCUGCUGCCGCAGACGAUAGCCAUUUCAUCCCGUCUAAUCUGCCAGUGCAACCGCCCCGCAAGCAGAUCAUUGGCUUCGCGAAGUUCCGCAGUCGCCAGGAAGCACUGGAAGCACGUGACAUUCUUCAGGGACGCCGUGUUGACAUCGAGCGUGGCGCUGUGCUCAAGGCGGAAAUGGCGAAGAAGAAUUUGCACACGAAGCGAGGACCGGGCGUGCCGCCGGAAUCUGCGGGCUAUUCUGGUCUGAAUGGCCCUCCUGGUCUCGGUGCGAACACUGCCGUUGGUAACACCGAAGCGCUGGCUCAGCGCGAUCGAGAGCUCGGCGCCCUCGGUGCCAUGGGCAUCACUGGUCUUGGGCAACGCCGAGAGCGCUUGGGCGAUAGGCGUGUCGAGGACGAGCGCGAGCGGCGCCGUUCAGACAUGGGUCCAGUGGGAUCUCUCGGUGCCAUGGGCACUCGCGGCGCUCGCGAACGUGCAGAGGAAGAUGAACGAGAACGCGAACGGAAGCGCAAGGAACACCUUCGUCUGCGCGACAACUCUGACGCGUUCGAGGCGUUCCAUUCUGUGCCCCAGCAGAUGGCGCGCCAGAGCGUGAACUCGCUGCUCUCCGCUGAAAACGGUAUGAUGCCGAAUGGUUCUGGCUCGUCACUGCCGUCACCGCCGGCUAUGUCAAGUGUCCCGUCUCAAGGCGACGGUAUCAACGGUCUGAACAACGGGCCUUGGACCAGUCUCCGGGACGUCGGAGCUAGCGCUGCUUUGAGGAAGAUGUCUGCGCCUGUCUUCUCGACGACGACCCUGCCUGCUCGUCCUUCGUCGCCGCCGCAAUACUCCCCGCCAGCGAUGUUUGACUACCCGGCGGUGCAGAAUGGUAACGCGGGACCCGGCAAUCACGGCGCCCCAUUCUCGCCGCAGUCGAACUCGUCCUCGCUACCCGGCCAUCCUUCCCUUCCUACUCGUCCAAGGCCAUCAUCGCCUGGUACCGAACAACCCUUGCAACAGCCAGGUGGCGCCAUUGCAGGUGAGGCUGUCCCGUCUUCGCAGCCUCUCUCCAGUGCGUCGAGCGUCAGCAGCUCGCAGAACGGUCACGACGAAGAAUUGUCGCAUUCAGUGGCAGCCUUGGCUGUCAACACCGACUCGGGAAUGACGUCGCCUCAGCUCCCCUCGCCUGCUUCUGGUGCAAGCUCAGGACGAAACCCUGGUGACCAGAAUCCUCCGAUCAAUACGCUUUACGUCGGGAACUUGCCCACCUCGACUGCAGGCGGUCUGCCACUCAAUCAUCUGGAGGACCGUCUCAGGGAGUUGUUCUCGAAGAGGCCUGGUUACCGCAAGCUUUGCUUCAGACAGAAGAGCAAUGGGCCGAUGUGCUUCGUUGAGUUUGAGGAUGUCCACUAUGCCACCAGGGCUCUUCAGGAUCUUUAUGGCAACACUCUCAGUGGCUUAGUGAAGGGCGGCGGGAUCCGUCUUUCGUACAGCAAGAACCCAUUGGGCGUGCGUACGCCAACGAGUGCUGGUGGCACGAAUGGCUCAAGCAUGCAGCAACAACAAUCCUUUGCUGCGUCAUUCAGCGAGGCUUUCGCUGCGCACAGACAGGCCGAGAGUGAAGGUGCCCGUCCACGUCGUGAUACGUCCACGAUGACCUCGCCGACGGCCUCUUAUCAUUAUACGACAUCUCCGCCUCCUCCGCGCUUCGUGUCCCCGCCACCUUCGGGGCCAUUCUCGGCGCUGACGAGCCCCAACGGGACGUUCCCGAGAGCCAAUUCUCAGGGGUUCGGCAUGGCUCCGGGGAGCACGAACAUGUUUUCACCUUUCGGCAUUUCACCCACGCAUUCCACGAUACCCGACCAAUCCAAUGCUGACGGCAACCCUGAUUCCCUCUCGCACAACAUCACUCCCACUACCCCCAACCUAGAGCCCAGUCGCGCAGGCUGA